GUGAUUUUGUUGGAUUUGAAGGAAUUUAUGGUCUUUGAUUUGAUCGCAACUCGAUUCUAUGAGGAAUUGUGGGUUUUUGUAGAUCGAUUUGGUUCAAAUCUAGGUUUUUUCUUGACUUUUUAUGACCGGGAUGGAAGAGAACAUUUUGAGGUUAUUUUGAUUUGUGGAAGUCUAGGUUGAACUUGAUUAGUACUGGCAUUUUCAGAAUCGAUGAAUUCUUGAGAACUUCCUUGGAAAUUGUUUAAAGUAAUUGGUGCUGUUGAGGAAUUGCUGGUCCGGAUAGGGCUGGCUUGAGUUAGCUACCACGGCUCUAAGAAAAGAAACCCGUAUUCAAAUUAGAAGGGGAAAAGUAUGCUCGCAAGGUUUCCCUAAGUUCCUGAUUGCUUCCCCUUCUUUCCACGGUGGUCGAGGUGCCCUACCUUCUGCUGGUGGGCAUCCUGCAGAUUUAACCUUUCUUGCGGGUGGCGGUUCAGAAGUUUGAUCGGAUUAAGUAGCAUAGCUUUAGGUUACUACAUUCUAUUCUAUCCGAGCACUGUGCUUAUAAUAUGGUGACAGUAAAGCAGUUUGAAAGCGCCUACUCGUUUCUUAAAUUGAACAGUACUGAGCAGCUGAAAUGUCAUGUUAUGCCUCUCAGAGGAACUAGUGCACCCCUUUACCAGUUAAGGGAAUCUUUUUCCAUAGAAACUGGUGCCAAUGGGGACUUUUUAUCCAAUGCUGAAGAGGGACAGAAUCUACUUGGCACACUCCUCCUUGCUCAGUGGGAGGAUCGUGCAUGGAAGGGUCAGCUCAACUAUGAUGUUACCAACUGUGAGACUAAGGUGAUUUCUGGUGGGAAGAAGUUCAUUGCGCAGUUAAAUGAGCAAUGGAGUUCAACCUCUUUGGCUUUAUUUGAGAAUGCAGACAACCAACUAUUGGGAUCAUCAAGAAUGACCAAUGUCAAAAUCUGCAGAGACAAUAUACUCCUUUGCAUUACAAGAGGAGAAAAUGCAAGCCCUGAGCUUAUGCAUUCGUCCAUGCUGCCACAAGAUGGGACCUUGGUCUUUGUUAAUGUCAACCCAAUUGAGUAUGGUCACAUCUACUUGGUUCCAUAUAAAUUUUAUAAUCCGUCAAAGAUAUUGGACAAAGAAUCACUAGAAUAUAUCAACGAGAUAGCUAUUGAGUUAGAUGACUGCUUCUUCCGUAUGUUCUAUGAUUAUGCACCUCUUGUGAAUCCAAGUGCCGUAUAUUUUCAGGCCAAUUUCUUUGCAAGUGUUUUACCCGUGGAACUUGGGGAGCUGAUCCCUGUAUAUGGUGAUCCACUUGAUGGAGGGAUCCAAAUAUGUGAGGUUGCUGGAUAUCCCAUUAAAACCUUGGUCUUCAUGAGCAGGGACAACCCCAAAUUACUGGCAAGAGUCAUGUCAGAAAUAUGUUCUGUUCUCCAAGAUCGCGAUGCUGUGUUCAGUCUGCUAAUCUCAGACCGCGCCCGUAAAUUCUUCUUGUUCCCUCAGGUCGAAUCAUCAUCUGCUACCAAUCAUCUGUCGGCCUGGGAAUGUGGAGGCUACUUCAUAUUCAACACAGUCACCAAAUUUGAUGAUGUCUCCGAGGAGGAUAUCUUUAAUCGAUUGGCUUCCGUUUCACUUGAUGACCAAGAUUUCCAAACCCUGAAGCAGCAAAGCUGCUGCAUUGCAAACAAGGUAUUUCCUUGAGAUGAAUUCAUUCUACCAGGUCUACUUAGUUUCUCUCUCUCUCUGUAUUUACAGAGAGUUCCAUCUCUUUAAGUUUCUCUUGUGUGAUUUGUAAGUCUUGUUAGCUAUGAAGCCUAUUUACCAUGUGGACUUCUCAUGGUGUACUAAAAUAGGUUCAAUAAUUAGUCCC